AUGGCACCGUCUAUUUCCGGUGGCGAUGCAUCCGAUGCUGAUGCGCGAGAAGCUUCCAUAACUGCCCAGCCAGGAUGGUAUUGGGACUGGGAUUUCCCCAAGCACCACCCUUACCUCAAUGAGGUGGCGCUCGAUAGACUAAAUCGGGUUAUUGACGAGUGCAUCUGGUGUCAGUCACAUCACGAGUUCCGACGACUAAUCAGGGCGUUCAUCUUGGAGCACAUUAUCCCCUUUAUACCGCAAUGGGAGGCCGAGGGAAAGUUCCCACGAGAGCUCCAUCGCAAGGCUUAUCAAAGCGGCGUCUCAUCUCGAGUCGAUUGUCUCUCAGGUCCACACGAGGUUGACAUCUGGCAUGAUCUCAUUAUCAACGAUGAGCUUGCAAAUUGUGGUGCAGGAGGUGUUAUAGCAAGCUGCUUCGUGAGUCUAGCCAUAGGCUUGCCUCCUCUCCUUGCGGGUGGAUUGGCUGGGGGACCCGAGCUGACCUCUCGGCUAGCUCGGGACAUUGUCCAAGCAGAUAAGAUCCUAGCUCUAGCUGUGACAGAGCCGUAUGCUGGCAGUGACGUUGCUAAUAUCCGAACCACGGCUGUUCUUCAACCUGACGGCAAGCACUACCUAGUGAACGGCAUGAAGACUUUCAUAACCUCGGGUCCUUGGGCAGACUACUUCACUACGGCAGUAGGCUCCGGUGACAGCGGUCUCUCUCUCCUGAUGAUUGAUCGUACCUUACCGGGAGUGGCUACGACUCGAUUGUCUACGCAGGGCUGGAAGUCGAGUGGAACGGCUCGUAUCACUUUCGAAGAUGUUAAAGUACCGAUCGAGAUGCUCAUAGGUCGCCGCGGUCACGGCUUCAAAGCGAUCAUGCACAACUUCAAUCACGAACGCCUCAUGUUGGCCUUACAGUCUUGUCGCCACGCCCGCAUCUGCAUGGAGGAUGCCAUACGCUAUGCGAAGACCAGAAGGACAUUUGGCAAACGCCUUAUCGAUCAUCAGGUUAUACGUCACAAGAUAGCAGAGAUGGCCCGACGAGUGCUGGCCACUCAUUAUUACAUCGAGAACAUUGCCAUACAGUGGCCGCAGUCGAGUCAGAGCGAGUUGGCUGGGAAGGUGGCAUUAUUGAAGGUUCAGGCUACUAAGACCUUCGAGUUCUGUGCUAGAGAAGCUUCCCAAGUACUUGGCGGACGUAGCUAUCUACAGGGCUCCGGCCCUGGGGCUAGAAUAGAGAGGCUGUAUCGGGAAGUGAGAGUGAAUGCAAUUGGUGGUGGCUCAGAAGAGAUUAUGCUGGAUCUGGCCGCCAGGCAGGCUCGAUUAUAG